GUCGCAGCAGGAAGUGUUGGGUGGCAGCUGAGCUCCGGGAAGCAGGUUAGGGUGUGAGAGAAACAGUCACCUUCAGCCUAAUUGCUCAAAUGCUGUCCCCAGCACCGAGGGGACAGCAGCUUUUCUGCUGAGUCUGUUGGAGGCCGAGCCGCAGCACAGCUCAGCACAGCCUGAGAGCUGAGCAGCCGGAGCCCAGCGAUGGCCCUGCCCCGGCCACUCCCGGCCUGACCAGGCCUCUGUGGGGAAGGGUCCCAGGUGUAGCCCAGAAGACGAGGCUCGUGGGCUUGCUGGGAACGAUGAAAAGGAGGAAGCUCUGACUGAAGCUCCAGCCAGAACCCAGCCGAAGGGGGACCAUAGUUGCCCAGGCGCCCCGGGCCAGCCAGCCCCUGGUUGGGAGAAGCCUCGGGACAGUCCUGCUCCGGAAACCUGUUGGGAAAGGCGGAGGGGUCCCAGCCCCCAGGAGCGGGCUGCGGUGCCGAUGCCGGAUGACGGUGCCGGGAUGGAGACCGCCAAGAAGGAAAAGGCAGAGCAGAUCCUGGCGGAGUUCCGACUGCAGGAGGAGGACCUGAAGAAGGUGAUGAGGCGGAUGCAGAAGGAGAUGGACCGUGGCCUGAGGCUGGAGACUCACCAGGAGGCCAGCGUGAAGAUGCUGCCCACCUACGUACGCUCCACCCCCGAAGGCUCAGAUGUCUGGCAUUGCAGCCCCUUGUCCAGUGCCCGUGGGCCUCCUGCCUUCCCUCCUCCUCUCCCUGUGGCUGCAGAAGUUGGGGACUUCCUCUCGCUGGACCUGGGCGGCACCAACUUCCGGGUGAUGCUGGUGAAGGUGGGGGAGGGGGAGGCCGGCCACUGGAGCGUGAAGACCAAGCACCAGAUGUACUGCAUCCCCGAGGACGCCAUGACGGGCACCGCGGAGAUGCUCUUCGACUACAUCUCCGAGUGCAUCUCCGACUUCCUGGACAAGCACCAGAUGAAGCACAAGAAGCUGCCCUUGGGCUUCACCUUCUCCUUUCCCGUGAGGCAUGAGGACAUCGACAAGGGCAUCCUGCUCAACUGGACCAAGGGCUUCAAGGCCUCGGGAGCAGAAGGGAACAACAUCGUGGGGCUCCUACGAGACGCCAUCAAGCGGAGAGGGGACUUUGAGAUGGACGUGGUGGCGAUGGUGAACGACACUGUGGCCACAAUGAUCUCCUGCUACUACGAAGACCGCCAGUGUGAGGUUGGCAUGAUUGUGGGCACGGGCUGCAACGCCUGCUACAUGGAGGAGAUGCACAACGUGGAGCUGGUGGAGGGGGAAGAGGGCCGCAUGUGCGUCAACACCGAGUGGGGCGCCUUCGGGGACGCGGGCGAGCUGGACGAGUUCCUGCUGGAGUACGACCGCGCGGUGGACGAGAGCUCGCUGAACCCGGGCCAGCAGCUGUGAGACCGCCCGCGGGCGCGGAGGGGCCACGCAGAUCACGGGCUGGUUUCUAAGCGGGUCUGGGAGGAGCAGACUGACAGCUCCCCCAGCGCACACGCUGUCGGGCCGCUCUGUGAACCGGCCCGUGAGCGUGUAGACCCGAGAAAGGGGGUCUGUGGGUAGAUACGCCGGGGCCCCUCUCCGUCCCGACGGGCGUAGGGAGGUCUGAGAUGCCCCGCCACGUUAGCGGCUUCACGAUGCAGCGUUUUGCGGCGUUUGCUGCCGGCGCGCAGGGCACGGCUGGCCCUGAAUCUUGGUACCUUAGGAGCCCGCUGCGGCCAGGCCCUGCCGGUUCCCGCGUUGGCGUGGUCUCUGGCCGCAGACACCGCUGCGGCUGAUAGUCAGGGCGCCCCCGGAGGAAACACGG